CAAUACCUUGACUUUGUUGUCCUUAAGGUAUUUUGCCACAACAUUGGAAGUAUGCUAGGGGUCAUUGUCCAUUUGGAAGACCCAUUUGCGACCAAGCUUUAACUUCCUGACUGAUGUCUUGAGAUGUUGCUUCAAUAUAUCCACGUAAUUUUCCUUCCACCCGAUGCCAUCUAUUUUGUGAAGUGCACCAGGCCCUCCUGCAGCAAAGCCCCCCCACAACAUGAUGCUGCCACCUGCGUGCUUCAUGGUUGGGAUGGUGUUCUUUGGCUUGCAAGCUUCCCCCUUUUCCUCCAAACAUAACGAUGGUCCUUAUGGCCAAACAGUUCUAUUUUUGUUUCAUCGGACCAAAGGUACGAUAUUUGUCCCCAUGUGCAGUUGCAAACCACAGUCUGGCUUUUUUAUGGCGGUUUUGGAGCAGUGGCUUUUUUCCCAAGAUGAAGAACAUGACUUGUGGAGGUCUACACAUUUGUUUUCUGAGGUCUUGGCUGAUUUCUUUUGAUUUCCCCAUGAUGUCAAGCAAAGAGGCACUGAGUUUGAAGGUAGGCCUUGAAAUACAUCCACAGGUACACCUCCAAUUGACUCAAAUGAUGUCAAUCAGCCUCAGAAGCUUCUAAAGUCAUGACAUAAUUUCCUGGAUUUUUCCAAGCAUUUAAAGGCACAGUCAACUUAGUGUAUGUAAACUUCUGACCCACUGGAAUUGUGAUACAGUGAAAUAAUCUGUCUAAACAAUUGUUGGAAAAAUGACUUGUCAUGCACAAAGUAGAGGUCCUAACCGUCUUGCCAAAACUAUAGUUUGUUAACAAGACAUUUGUGGAGUGGUUGAAAAAUGAGUUUUAAUGACUCCAACCUAAGUGUAUGUAAACUUCCGACUUCAACUGUACACAUGCGAUGAGUAAUGUAAGUGGCAUUGUUUAAAGUGACUAGUGAUCCAUUUGUUAGUGGUCAGUGAUUGGGUCUCCAUGUAGGCAGCAGCCUCUCUGAGUUAGUGAUUGCUAUUUAGCAGUCUGGUGGCCUUGAGAUAGAAGCUGUACUUCAGUCUCUCGGUCCCAGUUUUGAUGCACUUGUACUGACCUCACCUUCUGGAUGGUAGCAGUGUGAACAGGCAGUGGCUCGGGUGGUUGUUGUCUUUGGUUUUUGCCUUCCUGUGACAUUGGGUGCUAUAGGUGUCAUGGAGGGCAGGUAGUUUGCCAAUGGUGAUACGUUGUGCAGACUGCACCACUCUCUGGAGAGCCUUGCGGUUGAGGGCUAAGAAGUUUCCGUACCAGGCUGUGAUACAUCCCGACAGGAUGCUCUCGAUUGUGGAUAUGUAACAGUUAGUCAGGGUUUUGGGUGACAAGCCAAAUUUCUUCAGCCUCCUGAGGUUGAAGAGGCGCUACUGCGCCUUGUCCACCCACACAGAUAGUGUGGUGAAACAUUUCAGUUUGUCGUUGAUGCGUAUGCCGAGGAACUUUAAACAUUCCACUUUCUCCGCUGCUGUCCCUUCGAUGUGGAUAGGGGGGCUAAUCUAAUCCUGCUACAACAGGGCUAAUCUAAUUUCCACCCAACUCUGAAACAUCACUGGACACAUCUAUACUCAUAGCUCUACACUGAAACACAUACCAGCUCCUGUGGGAUGAUGUGAAGAGAUGAUAGCAGAACCUACAGUCACCUCCAGGUCCUCAGUACAUAAUGAGAACUUGGCUGUGGACGCAAACUCCUCUGGAGCUGUCAAUCACACAGUGGGCGGAGCCCGGAAUGAGAACAGACAGAAGAUUUUGAGAGGGAAGAGGAGGGCACGGGGGGGCUCUGAGAAUGCCAAACGCAGACGCACCAAGGUAACCAAUGGCAGUCUGGGUCGGGCACAGAACAGACACCUCAAACAUGGGGACAUUGAGGCUGUCACAUUGUUCGAGGUGGUCACCAUGGGCAGGAGUGCCAUGCAGGCUGUAGUUGAUGAUUGGAUUGAGGCGUACAUCACAGACAGAGACUCUGGCCUCCUGGACCUCAUUAGCUUCUUCAUCCAGUGUUCCGGUUGCAAAGGUUUGGUGACAGCUGAGAUGUUCCAAAGCAGGCAGGAUGAUGUCAUGAGGAAGAUGGUGGAGGAAUUGGAUGAGGGUUCGGGCCUGCAGUAUAAAAAAUUCCUGGCCUUCCCCUGGAUCCUCACAGUCACGUGGCCCAUGGACAUGGACAGUGGGGAAUAUCCUCUCACCAUGUCUGGUCCGUACUGGCGCCGGUUCCGUGGUGAGUUCUGUGAGUUUGUGUCGGUGUUGGUAACCCAGUGUCAAUACAAUGUGAUCUUUGACAGCUACCUCAUGGACACACUCAUCUCUCUGCUCACCGAGCUGUCCGACUCCCGUGUACGAGCCUUCAGACACACCUGCACAUUGGCAGCAAUGAAGUUGCUAAGCUCUCUGAUUGGAGUAGCCCUUAGUCUGAGUGUGAGUAUAGAGAACAGCCAGAGACUGGGCGAGGUGGAGAGAACCAAGACAUCAGGAAGACGCAACUCACCAAGACUGGAGAGAAUACACAGGAAGACCACAGAGCUGCAGGAUAGAAGGGUGGAGAUAGAGAACAUGAUGGAUGCCAUAUUCAAAGGAGUCUUCCUGAAGAGAUACCGGGAUGUGCUCCCAGAGAUCCGGUCCAUGUGUAUGGAAGAGCUGGCUGUAUGGAUGAAACUUUACAGUCCAGUGUUUCUGACUGACAGCUACCUCAAAUACAUGGGCUGGAUGAUGCAUGACAAGCUACCUGACGUGCGUCUGAAGUGUGUGUUGGGGCUACAGGGUCUGUAUGGAGACCCGCUCCUCCUGCCCAAACUAGACCUCUUCAACAGCCGCUUCAAGGACAGGAUGAUCUCUAUGACUCUGGACAAGGACCACGAGGUGGCAGUUCAGACCCUGAGACUACUCAUACUCAUCUCCCAGUCAGCUGAUGAGGUUAUUAAUCCUGAGGACUAUAAGCAGCUGUUCCAGUUGGUGUACUCCUCACAUCGUCCUCUGGCUACCACUGCAGGAGAGCUGCUCUACACACGGCUGCUCAGCUCCCCUACUCCGGCACCUGACCUCCGAGAGGGGGCGAGUGAGCAGGACACACACACACAGCUGACGACAGCCAGAGUGAGGGCUCUGCUGCACUUCUACCAGGACAGUGAGCUCCAUCAGCAUGUAGUAUACCUGGUAGACAGUCUGUGGGACUGUGCUGGUGCCAUGCUGAAGGACUGGUCAUCUCUUACCUCGUUACUGCUACAGGACCCCUCCACUCAGGAUGCAGAUCUGAGUGCUGGAGAGCAGUCUCUGGUUGUAGAGUUAUUGGUGGCGUCAGUGCGUCAGGCAGUAGAGGGACCCCUGCUGGCGGGAAGGAGCACAUGCAAGAAGGUGGUAAGUGCCAGAGAAAAAAAGUCUCCGGUAGAUGACUGUGGCAGACUCACUGAACACUUCCUCAAGGUACUGCCACAGUUGCUGAUUAAGUAUUCAGGGAGCCCAGAAACUGUGGCAUCUCUUUUGAAGAUACCUCAGUACUUACACCCAGAUUCGCCAAAUGCAGAAUUCCCACAGGCUUUGUCAGGCUUGCUGGCUGAGAUGGGAGCUGUUUUGGAGCUCCACACUGACCCUGCAGUGCUGGAGGCGGCUGCUCGCUCAUACCUCAGCCUGUGUGGAGAGGAAACAGCCUGGCACCCCCUGGCACGACCUGGCAGAGACGCAGUGGUCCAAUGCUGGGCAGACAGAUUGGCAGCACUGCUGGGUGACUCACUGCAGGAUGGCAACUUCACUGCUGAUGAGGAAAAGACAGGAGAGAUUCUAUCCACACUGAAGAAACUCACUGCUUUCCACAAUGCCCAGGACCUGUCUCGUUGGGGACUGCAUGAGCAGGUCUUUCCUCUUCUCUCAGUGGAGAUCAUUCACGGUGGAUUACCUACACAGCUGACAGUGGAAGCUCUGCAGUAUGUAUCUUACUCUGUCCUCUGGAAUCUCAACACCAGUAGAGAAACCCUGACCUCACGGGAAAAGGCUGUAGCCCAGAGGAGUCAGAUGAGAGCAUUGUGUGAGAAGUGUCUACGUUGUCUGUCCCACAAUGAUCAGAGUGUGAAGGAGCAGGCAUUCCUGUCUCUGUGUGAUGUCUUGACGGCCCACAACUACCAGUUGCAAGUGUGGGAUCCCUCGUCUUACGGCCCCCUGCUCUACACUCCCGACCCGAAACUUCAGAGGGCGCUGCUUGCCUUCAUUCUGGAGCACGUCUUCACUGGAGCAGAGUACGACAGCCACAGCAGGGGUAGUGAUGUAGAGUCUGGCGAGGGGAGGUUGGAGGAGCUCCACAGACGUAGGAGCUUAUUGGCAGGCUUCUGUAAACUCAUAGUACACGGGGUGCUGGAGAUGAGUAUGGCUGCUGAUCUCUUUAAGUAUUACAUGAAGUAUUAUAAUAACUUUGGUGACAUCAUUAAGGAGACUCUCAGCAGAACGCGGCAGAUGGAUAAGAUAGAGAGUGCUCGCACGCUGGUGCUCUGUCUGCAACAGUUGUUCCUGCGUCUGAAGCAGGAGCAGGACAGUGGAGUCACCUGUAGCUCAGGUGUCCAAACAUUCAGCAGCAUCAAGGAGCUGGCCAGACGCUUCUCUCUCACCUUCGGCUGGGACCAGACAAAGUCCAGAGAGUCCCUCACUCUGAUCCAUAGGGACGGUAUAGAGUUUGUUUUUCAGGGCUUUGUCCAGAGAGCAGAGAAGCCCUCUCCUCCAUACCUCUCCUACCUCACCAUCCUCAGCGAGUUCUCCAGCAAGCUCCUCAGACCAGACAAAAAGAUUGUUUACACCUACCUACAGAGGUACAUAAGUGAACAGAUCAUCAGUAACAGAGAGGAGUGUUGGCUGCCACUCAUCUACUACCGAGCCUCCUUAUUGGCUACUGGAGCUGAGGGGGAAGAUGCUGUGUCCUUCAUCAGCUCUGAUACGCUAAAGCAACCGUCUCUAGCCAAUCGCUCACGCUCUCCCUCUGUCAGACACAGCCCGACUGCUGAUGGAGACAUGAGGUCCCCGUCUGCUCUUACCUCUACUGAGACCAAAGUAAGGAGGCUCCAUAAGGCCAGCAGCAGUACAAGCCCAGAGGACAGGAAGCCAGAGGUUGAGCUUGGUCCCAUCGCCAGGGAACCCCCGCCGACCAUAGUGAUAUCAGAGGAGCCGUUCCACGCUAACGAGGAAUUGGAUGUGGACACUGUGGAGGUUGACCUGUGAACUGGAAGAUGGAUCGAAUAAAAUAAGUGUAUACUAACAGUGAAAUGCUUACUUACGGGACCUUCCCAACAAUGUGGAGAGAAAGAAAAUAGUGAAGUAAUAAUAAAUAACGAUAACUUGGGGUACCAGUACCGAGUCGAUGUGUAGGUGUACGAUUUAAAUAUAACUAGGCAACAUGAUAGUAGAAGCAGCGUAUGUGACGAGUCGAUUAUAAGAAUGGAUGGGAGCAAUAUGACAAACAUUAUCACCUUUCCUAUCAGAAAGGAUGUGGUAGUACCAUAUUGCUUAUAACUCCCAGUACCUAUUGAUCUCUACACAGGUGGCUGGGGGUCGUGUCUGGACAAGGAUGGAAUAAACACCCUUAUACGCAUCUUAGUUAUCAAAAGGGACAACAGUCUUGCUUCCUCUCCUUCAUGGCACUGUUUUGAAAGAGGAAGAAAAUAAUCUGGUGUAUGCUUUCCCCCAUCCAGAUGUAGGAAAGGAGACAUGGAGUAUUUUUCUGUAACCUUAUUUAAACCAACUGUCAAAAUAGAACUGGCUCUUUGACAGCUUCCAGCCCAUGUAGACAAUUUCACAGUCUUCCUUAGAGAAGAUGCUGUACCAAUGGUAGGUUAAGACUAAUUACCCAGGACAAUGAUGUGGUGCAUUAUGGAUAUAAGCUCUUUUUAUUUGUAUUGAAACCAAUGUAUCUGCUGGUGCUGUUAUUUCACUUCGCUCUUGGGAAAAGUCCCUCUAGAUACUAAAGAAUGAUAAAUUGUACUCAAGCUUGAAAGAAUGACUCAAUUGUUUAUAUCAACAGCUUUUAGGGAAUACUAGUGGGCUCGUUUUUACACUAAAAGCAUAUUCAUGAAAAUGUCAACGUUUUAAUUUUGAUUAUAAAAUAAGCAUAUUGUGUGUAUAAGAGGUUAGGGUCAUAUAAACAAUGAUUAUCAAUGAGUCAGAUGUGCCCUAGCUAGUAGGUGAUUGUGUUAUGGCUUAGAUCUCACCUACAUAUCUAAAUAGGAUUGAAACACACCACUGUUCAUCUGUUGUUCUAAUGGUAGAUUUUUACACAAGUGUGGUCUGGAAAGGUGUGUGGUCAUAGUAGCUGAUCAGACCUGUUUUAAUUGACUUGUCAUUGGAAAUGGUACCAUCAAUAAAUAUCACUCGCACAAAA